CCCAUUUGUCAGUCUACUCUCAAUGUCAAACAGUGGAGAAUUAGAGCAUAACAAUUUUGCUUAUUUAUUUAUUAAUAUUCAAUACACUAAAUAGUUUUAAUUUAAUUAUUCUGUUAAGUUAGUAGAAUAGUACCCACUACUACACACAAUUAUUUAAAAAUUUUAUAAUUAAGGAAAAAAUAAGAUUUUUAUGGUAUAUUAGAUACGAAAGUGUCGUAAUACAAAAUGACGACAAGAAAAUUAUGGGGCGAGUUUGACGAUGAUCAUGGAGAGGAAAGCAUACCACAAAAUGUUAAUUUCAAUCCAAUCAUCGAACUGGGUAUGCAGAACAUACCCGAAAUUCCGAUUACUGUGAAAUCUUCACCGAUUGAAUUGCCCAAGCCUAAUUUAAUUACUCAUACUAUACAGCUGCAUGCUUACUCUAGACAACUUGCCGCUAUUUUAGAACAAACGGAAAAUGCAGUUUUUGAAGGUGCGCGAUUAGAUCCAAUGAGUUUGCCCACUAUACCUCCAGAACCACUUUUACAAUCGGAACACGAGACAACUCCACCCAUCAACUUCUUACCAAAAAAAUAUUGUGAUUUUUCACUCGGCAAAGGAGCAAUUAUUUUGCCUUUUACUCCAGAAAGCCAUAAACGAGCACUGCGACAAUGUGCUGCUAUAGCUAUAGGUCAUGUUGGCAUAGCAACAUGUACAAAUACUGCACUCAAUGCUGUAGCAGAUGCACUAGAUAUUUAUAUGACCAACAUGUGUAAAUUGUUACGGACUGUUGUUGAUAGAGAAGCAAGCGGCCUUAAAUCUGGAUUUCCUGAUGUUAUAUCAAAAGUUUUUGCAGACUUAAAUGUUGGUGAUCUACAUCAGUUUUACAAUAAUCGAGUAGUGAGAUAUCAUGAAAAAGUAAAAAAGAAAUGUGAAGAACUGCGAUCUCAGUGUGAUGCUUUGGUGAUCGGUGAUAUUGCACCACAAUUGAAACUAGAAGAAGUACCAGAAUUGCAUUUCCCAGCUGCCUUAGAUGGAGCAUUCACACCAUCUCUGGAGCCAGGUUUUCAGAUGUUGCAUAGCUUAGAACAGGAGCAGUUGCAAGGAUUGGAGCUCUUGGAUGCAGUUACAACAGAUGACAUAAAAAUAGAACCAAUGGAAUUUUCACAUACAGAGCAUACAGCCAAAUUGCCUUCUUUAUCUCCUAGUGCCAAGAAAAAAAGAAAAUAAAUGUUAAAUUAUUUCUUGUUUUAUAUUUGUUAACUAUAAUGAGAAGUGUUUAUUAAGUGUGUAGUUAUAAUAUUAUUAAGUUAUAAUAUCACUAAGAUUAUACACUAGGAGGACCACAAAUAUUGUAACAGUGAUCUCUGGUUGUUCUACAGCAAAUUUUAUAAAUAAAACAUUUCUAUAGCACCAAUUAA